AGAUCGAAGCCAUGGGGGACUCAGAAAUGGCAGUGUUUGGGUCGGCGGCGCCGUAUUUACGGAAGUCGGAUAAAGAAAGACUCGAGGCGCAGAACCGACCGUUCGAUGCUAAAACCGCCUGCUACGUCCCAGAUGACAAAGAACUGUAUGUGAAAGGCACGGUCAAGAGCAGGGAAGGUGGUAAAGCCACCGUGGAGACCUUACUGGACAAGAGGACCGCAACCGUUAAAGAGGAUGACGUCCUGCCAAUGAAUCCUCCAAAGUUCGAUAAGAUCGAAGACAUGGCCAUGAUGACCCACCUGAACGAGGCAUCCGUGUUGUAUAACCUCAAAGAGCGUUAUGCAGCCUGGAUGAUCUAUACAUACUCCGGGUUGUUCUGCGUCACUGUGAACCCCUACAAGUGGUUGCCAGUGUAUGAUCCCCAGGUUGUGACCGGGUACAGGGGCAAGAAGCGUCAAGAAGCUCCUCCUCACAUCUUCUCCAUCUCCGACAACGCUUAUCAGUUCAUGCAAACUGAUCGCGAAAACCAGUCCAUCCUGAUCACUGGAGAAUCCGGUGCCGGGAAGACUGUGAACACGAAACGUGUCAUUCAGUAUUUCGCUUCCGUUGGAGCUGUUACUGACACAUCCAAAAAGAAGGAAACUUCCGGGAAGAUGCAGGGGUCCCUGGAAGAUCAAAUCAUUCAGGCUAACCCACUGUUGGAAGCCUUUGGUAAUGCCAAGACUGUAAGAAAUGACAACUCGUCUCGCUUUGGGAAAUUCAUCAGAAUUCACUUUGGUGCCACGGGGAAAUUGGCUUCCGCUGACAUUGAAACCUAUCUAUUGGAAAAAUCCAGAGUGACAUUCCAGCUGAAAGCUGAAAGGAGCUACCACAUUUUCUACCAGAUGAUGACCAAUCACAAACCAGAAAUUGUUGAGACUUGUCUAAUUACCACCAAUCCUUAUGAUUAUCCAUUCAUCAGCCAGGGUGAGAUUGCAGUCAAGAGUAUUGAUGACACAGAAGAAUUGGUAGCAACUGAUACUGCUAUUGAUAUCCUUGGCUUCACUAAUGAUGAGAAGUGGGGUAUCUACAAACUGACCGGAGCAGUAAUACAUAUGGGCAACAUGAGAUUCAAGCAGAAACAGCGUGAGGAGCAGGCAGAGCCUGAUGGCACAGAAGAUGCUGAUAAAGUUGCCUACCUGACUGGUCUCAACUCAGCAGAUCUGCUAAAGGCAUUGUGCUAUCCACGAGUAAAGGUUGGCAAUGAAUUUGUGACCAAAGGUCAGACUGUUCAGCAGGUCUACAACUCAAUUGGCGCUCUUGCCAAAUCUAUUUUUGAGAAAAUGUUCUUGUGGAUGGUCAUCCGUAUUAAUCAACAACUGGACACAAGGCAGGCCAGGCAGUAUUUCAUUGGUGUGCUAGAUAUUGCUGGCUUUGAAAUUUUUGAUUUCAACAGCCUGGAGCAAUUAUGUAUCAACUUCACUAAUGAGAAACUGCAACAGUUCUUCAACCACCACAUGUUUGUUCUGGAACAAGAAGAGUACAAGAAGGAAGGAAUUGAAUGGGAAUUCAUUGACUUUGGUAUGGAUCUUGCUGCUUGCAUUGAACUCAUUGAGAAGCCUAUGGGUAUCUUCUCAAUCCUUGAAGAGGAAUGUAUUGUCCCCAAGGCCUCAGAUACUUCCUUCAGGAAUAAACUGUAUGAUCAGCAUCUUGGUAAGUCAAACAACUUCCAGAAGCCCAAACCUGCCAAAGGAAAGGCUGAAGCCCACUUCUCACUGGUCCAUUAUGCUGGCACUGUUGACUACAAUGUUAAUGGCUGGCUGGAUAAGAACAAGGAUCCACUGAAUGAAACUGUAACUGGGCUGUUCCAGAAGUCAUCACUGAAACUCCUGGCUCAUCUGUAUGCCUCAGCUCCCGAAGCUGAAGGUGGUGGUGGCGGCAAGAAAGGAGGCAAAAAAAAGGGUGGUUCCUUCCAGACAGUAUCUGCUCUGUUUAGGGAGAACCUGGGCAAGCUGAUGACUAACCUGAGAACCACACAUCCACAUUUUGUGCGCUGUAUCAUCCCCAAUGAGACAAAGACGCCAGGUGCCAUGGAUAAUUACCUUGUCAUACACCAGCUGAGGUGCAAUGGUGUGCUGGAAGGUAUCAGAAUUUGCAGAAAAGGAUUUCCAAGCAGAAUCAUCUAUGGUGACUUCAAGCAAAGAUACAGAAUUCUAAAUGCAAAUGCCAUUCCCGGAGGUCAGUUCAUUGAUAGCAAGAAGGCAUCUGAGAAGUUAUUGGGAUCUAUUGAUGUAGAUCACACCCAGUACAAGUUUGGACACACAAAGGUGUUCUUCAAGGCUGGUCUCUUGGGUUUACUUGAAGAGAUGAGAGAUGAAAAGUUAGCACAGCUUGUUACCCGUACUCAGGCUAUGUGUCGUGGCUUCUUGAUGAGAGUUGAAUUUAAGAGAAUGAUGGAAAGAAGGGAAGCACUGUAUACUCUGCAGUACAACAUCCGUGCAUUCACAAAUGUCAAACACUGGCCAUGGAUGCAACUGUACUUCAAGAUCAAACCUCUUCUGAAGAGUGCUGAAACUGAAAAGGAAAUGGCAAAUAUGAAAGAAGAGUUUGAGAAAACUAAGGAAGCGCUUGCCAAAUCUGAAGCCCGGAGGAAGGAAUUAGAAGAGAAAAUGGUGGCCCUUGUACAGGAAAAGAAUGAUCUCCAACUUCAAGUCCAAGCGGAAAGUGAAACUCUGGCAGAUGCAGAAGAGAGAUGUCAGGGACUGAUUAAAAAUAAAAUUCAGCUGGAGGCUAAAUUGAAGGAAGCUAAUGAAAGACUGGAAGACGAAGAGGAGGUAAAUGCUGAGCUAACAGCCAAGAAAAGGAAACUUGAGGAUGAGUGUUCAGAACUGAAGAAAGAUAUUGAUGACUUGGAGCUGACGUUGGCCAAAGCUGAAAAGGAGAAACACGCCACUGAGAACAAGGUUAAAAAUCUCACUGAAGAGAUGGCCACUCUUGAUGAAAGCAUUGCUAAAAUUACAAAGGAAAAGAAAGCCCUCCAGGAGGCCCAUCAGCAAACCCUGGACGACCUCCAGGCUGAGGAAGACAAAGUCAACACUCUAACCAAAACAAAGACUAAAUUGGAACAACAAGUUGAUGAUCUUGAAGGCCGUCUGGAGCAGGAGAAAAAAGUCCGCAUGGAUCUUGAGCAUGCUAAGCGAAAGCUUGAAGGUGACCUGAAGUUGUCACAAGAAGUAAUAAUGGAUUUGGAGAAUGACAAGCAACAACUAGACGAAAAACUAAAGAAGAAAGAGUUUGAAAUCAGCCAGCUUCAAAGCAAAGUUGAAGAUGAGCAGGCAAUGGCUUCCCAGCUGCAGAAAAAGAUUAAAGAAUUACAGGCCCGUACUGAGGAGGUUGAGGAAGAAAUUGAAGCUGAACGUGCUGCUUGUGCUAAGACUGAGAAACUCAGAGCUGAUCUUUCUCGGGAACUUGAAGAGAUCAGUGAGCGACUGGAAGAAGCUGGUGGGGCAACUGCAACUCAGAUUGAAAUAAACAAGAAACGAGAGACAGAAUUUCAGAAAAUGCGCCAUGACCUGGAAGAAUCUACACUCCAGCAUGAAGCCACAGCUGCUGCUCUUCGCAAGAAGCAGGCUGACAGUGUUGCAGAACUUGGGGAACAAAUCGACAAUCUGCAACGUGUGAAACAGAAACUCGAGAAGGAAAAGAGUGAGCUGAAGAUGGAAAUUGAUGACCUUGCCAGCAACAUGGAGUCAGUGUCAAAAUCUAAGGCAAACCUUGAGAAAGUAGCCAGGACACUGGAGGACCAGGUCAGUGAAAUGAAGACCAAACAUGAUGAACAUCAACGUUUGAUCAACGACUUAUCAACUCAGAAAGCACGUUUUGCAACAGAAAACGGGGAACUGAACCGUCAGGUGGAGGAGAAAGAAUCCUUGGUAUCUCAGCUGACAAGAGGGAAACAAGGAUAUACCCAACAGAUUGAGGAACUCAAGAGGCAGAUGGAGGAAGAAAUAAAGGCUAAGAGUGCUCUGGCACAUGCUCUGCAAUCUGCCCGCCAUGAUUGUGAUCUCCUCCGUGAACAAUAUGAAGAGGAAGUGGAGGCAAAGGCUGAGCUCCAACGUGGAAUGUCCAAGGCCAACAGCGAAGUGGCUCAGUGGAGAACAAAAUAUGAAACUGAUGCAAUCCAGCGCACUGAGGAAUUGGAAGAGGCCAAGAAAAAACUUGCUCAACGCCUGCAGGAUGCAGAAGAGCACAUUGAGGCUGUGAACUCCAAAUGUGCUUCAUUGGAAAAGACGAAGCAGAGAUUGCAGGGUGAAGUGGAAGAUCUUAUGGUGGAUGUUGAGAGGGCAAAUUCAACAGCAGCAGCUCUCGACAAGAAACAAAAGAACUUUGACAAGGUCCUGGCAGAAUGGAAACAGAAAUACGAGGAAAGCCAAGCAGAACUGGAAGCAGCUCUGAAGGAAUCUCACAGUCUGAGUACUGAAAUCUUCAAGAUGAAGAAUGCAUACGAGGAGUCUCUGGAUCAUCUUGAAACUCUUAAACGAGAGAACAAGAACCUGCAGCAGGAGAUUUCUGAUCUGACUGAGCAACUGGGUGAAAAUGGUAAGGCCCUCCAUGAGAUGGAAAAGGUAAAGAAGACAGCUGAGAUGGAGAAGAGUGAAAUUCAGUCGGCAUUGGAGGAGGCAGAGGCCACUCUGGAACAUGAGGAGAGCAAGAUCCUCCGUGUUCAGCUGGAACUGAACCAAGUGAAAUCUGAAGUUGACAGGAAGAUUGCAGAGAAAGAUGAGGAGAUUGAUCAGGUGAAGAGGAACCAUCAGAGAGUUGUGGACACGAUGCAAAGUGCUUUGGAGGCUGAAGUCAGGAGCAGAAAUGAUGCCCUUAGAAUCAAGAAGAAAAUGGAGGGCGAUCUAAAUGAAAUGGAGAUUCAGCUGGAACAUGCCAAUCGUCAGGCUUUAGAAGCUCAGAAACACCUCAGAAAUGUGCAGGGUCAAUUAGAGGACACACAGUUACACCUGGAUGAUGCUUGCAGAAACCAGGAAGACUUGAAGGAGCAACUGGCCAUAGUGGAACGCAGAAGUGGUUUGCAACAGGCUGAGAUUGAAGAAAUGAGAGCGGCUCUGGAACAAACAGACAGAUCUCGCAAGAUUGCUGAACAAGAGCUUGUUGAUGUCACUGAGAGAGUUCAGCUGCUGCAUACACAGAACACUAGCCUCAUCAAUACAAAGAAGAAGCUGGACUCUGACCUGAACCAUCUUCAGUCUGAAAUGGAAGAAACUAUCCAGGAGUCAAGAAAUGCUGAAGAGAAGGCCAAGAAGGCUAUCACUGAUGCUGCCAUGAUGGCUGAAGAGCUGAAGAAGGAACAGGACACCAGUGCUCACCUGGAGAGAAUGAAGAAGAACCUUGAGCAGACAGUGAAGGAUCUGCAGCAUCGCCUGGAUGAGGCUGAGCAACUGGCUAUGAAAGGAGGAAAGAAGCAGCUCCAGAAACUGGAGGCUAGGGUACGUGAGCUGGAAAAUGAGCUGGAAGCUGAGCAGAAGCGAGGUGCUGAUGCCAUUAAAGGUGUACGCAAGUACGAGAGAAGAGUCAAGGAACUGACCUAUCAGUCUGAGGAAGACAGAAAGAAUGUCCUGAGACUACAGGACUUGGUUGACAAGCUGCAGAUCAAGGUUAAGGCUUACAAGAGACAAUGUGAGGAGUCCGAGGAACAGGCCAACAUUCACCUGUCCAAGUUCAGGAAGGCGCAGCAUGAACUGGAGGAGGCCGAGGAACGUGCUGACAUUGCAGAGUCUCAAGUCAAUAAACUUAGAUCUAAAACCCGGGACAUUACUAUGAAGAGCACUGAAGAGUAGAUGACAACCUGAAAUGGUCCAAAGAAGAAAUCCACAAAAUGUGUAUUUCUCUGUAACAUAGUUUUAUAAAUGUAGUAAUAUCAACAGAAAUAAACGUGC